GACGUCAUGUCGAGGACGGCGGGGCACCGGCGGCAGUGAUGUAACAGUGCAGUGUGUCAGUGAGAGCGAGUGACAACAGUGAUGUGAGAGUAGCAAGUGGACCACCAGCCAGGACGCCGACGACAGCCAGCCCAGCGACACGCCAUGGUCCAACUGAGGGCGCGGGCCCCGUGUCGCGUGGUCCAAUGGGAGCACGGCGCCUAGCCCCCGGCCGCCGCCCAGCAUGGCCAUGGACUCGAGGGAGUUGGACUCCCCCCUCGUCGACCUGGACGGGCUGCCCGACAUCCGGGCCGACUUGCACGAUGACCUGCACAUCCAGGCCGCGGUGGGGUCGGACCGCGACUCCCCCAGCUCGCUCAAGCGCGCGGGCCUGGACCUGGACGGCGACCAGGCGACGGCCAAGAAGCGCCGCAAGCAGUCCAAGCCGGUGCGCAUCAACGCCCCCGCCGGCGCCAACGUGCCCGUCGACGGCGCGGCCCUGGGCGACGCCCUGGCCGAGGUGCUCGGCGACGCCGUGCUCGGGGAGGGCGUGCUCGGGGACGCCGGCAGGGUGUCGCCCAGCCUCGACCUGGAGGUGCAGGUGCACUGCCAGCCCGAGGCCCGCGAGGCGUGCCGCGAGGAGAUACCACUCAACCUGUGCAGCCUGCCCAAGACGGAGCCCUCCUCGCCCGUCGACGACUUCGCGCCCUUCGCCGCCAACAAGUCCCCCGGCAUGGACGUGGACCUGGCGCCGCAGCAGGACCGCCUGGCCAUCAACAGCUUCUGGGGGAUGUCCCCGCCCUUCCUGUACCCCAUGAUGGCCCCCCAGGCCGACCAGCCCCUGGCGACGCCCCUGCCGCCGCCCUUGCCGCUGCAGCCCCACCAGCAGGGCCACCAGCAGGGCCACCAGCAGGGCCACCAGCAGGCCCACCAGCAGCCCGGCAACAACCACCAGUCGCGGUGCUCGCCAGACAACCGCACGGGGUCGUGCACCAUCUUCAACCCGGACGCGUACUGCGAGCUGUGCAACAAAGAGUUCUGCAACAAGUACUUCCUCAAGACGCACAAGGCCAACAAGCACGGCAUCUUCUCGAGCAGCCCGGGGCAGCAGGCGCCGCAGCAAGCCUCGCCCGGCGGCAGCGACGCGUACCAGCACGGCCUGCUGCCGCCCCGACCGCUGUCCCCGCCCGGCGACAAACUCGGCCCCUCGCCCCUGAGGCCCCCCAAGGACUUGACUAGCAGUAAGCACGGUAAAAACUUGUUCCAGAGGAAAAUCAAAGUCAAGUCGUUCGGCGCCAACGGCGAGGAGGUGUCGGUGACGCCGGUGGUCAAGGUGGAGGACGAGUACUACGACGCCGACGUGCUGCUGAGCCGGCUGUCGCCGGACGACAAGCAGGGCCCCGGCCCCGGCGAGGAGGCCGCGGAGGGUGGCAGCGCCGGCGACUCAAACGAGUCGACGGGUAUCCUGCGGAAGGAGGUGCAGGAGGAGAAGCCGGUCUUCACGCCGGAGAAGAUGCGCAGCCUGGGCGUCAUCAACCCGGAGGCCUUCUGCGAGAUCUGCUGCAAGGAGUACUGCAACAAGUACUUCCUGCGUACGCACAAGUGGAAGCGGCACGGCAUCGCGCCGCCGGAGGGCGAGGACAAGGACUCGUCGUCGUCGUCCUCGCGGUCCGCCGCGCCGUCCUGGCUGCAGCAGCUGCAGCAGCACGCCGCGCCCCUCAACCUCAUCAUGGAGGAGGCCACCAACAGCGGCGACGCGCUGUGCAAGUACUGCGGCCAGUGGUUCCCCUCGGAGCAGGUGCUGCAGGUGCACGUGGCCUUCGCGCACCUGCCCGUCAAGAAGGAGAAGGAGGUGGAGGACGUCCGGCAGGCGGAGGACGCCGACAAGCCGCGGAAGGCGGACCAGAUCGAGUCCAUCAUGGACGACAUGAAGAAGGUGCAGUCCAUGUUGUUCCAGCUCAACAGCCUGAACGCGGUGCAGGGCGAGGUGGCCGCCAACCCCGCCCACCCCGUCGCCGGCGACGAGCAGCCGACCCGGGAGAGCGCCGCCGCGGCCGUGCCCUGCUCCGCCUGCAAGAAGAGCUUCCCCGACAAGGCGGCGCUGCAGCAGCACGUGCAGGAGCACCACUGGAGCGGCGCCGUCAAGACGGAGCGCGACGUGGACGCGACGCCCGGCCGCACCGCGGAGGCCGCCGCGCCGGAGCAGCAGCCGCAGCAGCAGGCCCCCGCCGAGCCCAAGCCCGUCACCUCCACGCCCACCAGCAGCUACUGCGAGAUCUGCAACAAGGAGCUCUGCAACAAGUACUUCAUGAAGACGCACAUGCAGCGCAUGCACGGCAUUGAGAUCGAGAACGGGUCGCAAAUCGGCGGCGUGGUCUGCGACAUCUGCAACAAGGAGCUGUGCAGCAAGUACUUCCUGCGCGUGCACAAGCAGAACACGCACGGCAUCGUGGACGAGUCGAGCGGGCCGCCGUCGCAGGUGCGCGGCGACAGCAUGUUCGGCACGCACUUCCUGGACGGAGGCACGCAGGCGCUCAAGCCCACCGACCUGUCCGAGAUGAGCCACCGCUACUUCACGCACUUCAACGAGGUGUGCACCAUCUGCAACCGGCGCUUCCGGAGCGUCAAAUGGCUCAAGGCGCACCUGAUGAACGACCACGGCCGGUCCGAGUACGAGGCCGCCGCCGAGACCAACGACCGCGUGCCCAAGCUGCCGCCGCCGCCGCCCUCGCUGGGGCCCCCUCUGGGGCCGGGGCUCCACCCCAACGACCUGGGGGUGCAGUUGGGGCUGCCCAUGGCGCCGCGGGAGCGCGGCGAGCGCGGCGAGCGCAGCAGGGAGGGCAAGGCGAGGCACCGGGACGGCAACCCGCACUCCAGCAAAAACGGCAACCACUUCAUGUCCAACUUGAUGCAGGGCAGCAAGGAGUACCGCUGCUCGUACUGCCCCUUCUCCACGCCCGUGCUCGCGUUCCUGUACGUGCACGAGAAGACGCACACGGGCAUGGCGUUCCUGCCGGACCAGAAGCGCGACCUGCAGUGCCCCAUCUGCUUCAAGACGUGCACCAAGCCGGACCAGUUCCAGCGCCACAUCCUGUCGCACCAGUUCGCGGGGCUGCCCAGCCCGGGCGCGGCCAUGUUCGCGGGGCUGGACCCGCGCGCCGCCAUGUUCCACCAGCCCAAGCGGGAAAAGCCGCCACAGCGCGCCACGCCCGAGCGGCAGGACCGGCAGGACAGGCAGGACGACAACGACCUCGACGUGGUGGAGCGCUUCAGGAAGUGCCCCAAGUGCGGCAGCGACGCCGCCACGCCGCAGGGCUGCGCCAACUGCGGCUACCCGGCCCAAGGGUCCGACGCCAGGAAGGACUUGAGCUCCCUGCAAUCACUGCUCAAGGACACCGUCACCUCGGACGUCAAGAAGAGGCUGGAGGACGCGGCCAAGCUGAACGACAUCCCCGCCUCCUACGCCGUGCCCAAGACGCAGGACGCCGCCGCCGACCCCUUCAUCAUGCAGCCCUUCAUCAUCGAGGAGCCGAGGGGGGACGAGGUGCACACGCCCGCCGUGGACAAGAAGUUCGUGCCGUCGCUGGUGUUCCUUCCCGUCAAGGAGAGACUGUCCCGGCCCCUAACCGCCUCCUUCACACUCACCCCUGCGUAGGCCCUGGCCCGGCCCUGGCCCGGCCAUGGGCUAGUUUAAUUGUUGAUUGGCUGUAGUUUUGUAUAUUUUCGUCUCUAUGGAUAUUUUUGUUGCAUGUUCUAGUCAAAGCCACCUAGUCAGUACGAGACUGGAAACUUUAGUUGGUGUAGGUGUGAUCUCGAGCUAUACGAGACUAAGAGGGGUGCAUCCUCGUUUUGAUACGAAUGCGCCGCCUUGAAACUGAACGUUCCUAUUUGCCUUUAUUGACUGUGCUCGUCUCUCAGGAUAGAGCAGCCAAAGGUUAUGUUCCUAAGCGUAAUUGUAUUCACGUGUACCAACUCUUAUUUUUUUAGCUUAAGUUAUCUAGUGGUUUUUCCUGUUCACUGUUGCUGUUUGUGCGUGAACGAUGCCAGAUUCACUAUAUUAGAUAUUGUUUGCCUCUCGGAGGCGAUUUGAACUAAUGUAUUGUUUUUACGCGGGUCUAUCCGUGAAUUGUGAUGUUUACAAAGUUCCUAUGGGUUCUCUUCGCCCCGCUGCGACAGAGGCCCACCAGUUACAAACGUACCGUUCAUGCUCAAGAAAUUCGUUGAUUUGUUGGGCACAAAAUGAAAAUGUGUGUAUAUUGUGUAAGAUGGCGUAUCUGUAAUUAAUAUAAAUUAUUUGAUUUAAAUAAAAUUUCACAAAGUGUACUCAGGGUUUAAACAAAAAGUGAACUUUACGUGGCAAAGCAUUGUUAUCGCCAGUUGAAUUUCAUGGAUUUCGCAAUAUGUUAUUAAAUACGUCAUCUCUGUACCAUCUUUGAGGUGCCACCCACUAUGAGUGAUCUAUCAAAAUGUUUGUGGGGCGAGUCAACUUACAAUGUGGGAACCUAAAGGUUUAGUUGUACGGGAAUCUUUACCACAGUCAAUCAAAAGGGAAUUACCAUUAGAAUUAACUGUUGUUCCUGACGAUGCGAGUGUUGGUCUCACUCGCAAGCCGGCGUACUAGAUGGAGUAGCACUUGCAUUGUAUACAAUACUGCAGUUCUUAUUGUACAAGUAAUGUGGUUUAUGGAAACGGAAUGUUACUUAUAUUUCAUAUUUCAAUGGGUAUUAUUAUAUAUUCAAAUAGCGUCGGUUUUAAGUGAGACGUUUUAGCAUGGACGUGUGAUUGUUUGCCUUGUAGACUAGAUUUAUAUUGAGAGGUACGGCUGUCUGCCGUGAAGUUCCUAAUGUUGUUCAAAUUAUUUGCAGAGUUAUUACGGCCCGGGUACGGUACUAUUUAUUUGUAGGUUCCUUUUAUAGAUUGUUUUGUAAAAUGCGCGCUUUUCUGUUUCGAAAUACUUUUUUAACCCCUUUUUUAGAGGUUUUGGAAUUGUUUGCAGGUGUCUCUAUGUUCAGUGCCUCUGCAGGAUUGAACCACUCCUUUAGUUAGUUACGGCCACCAGGUGGCUGCGUCUGAUACGGGUACAAGCGCCGUCUGCGCUGCCGGGGCGCGCUGGCGGGCUGAGGGAGCGGCGGCGCGGGGCGUGGGGGCCCCGACUCGCUUUUGGGCGUUCACACAAGGAGGACCUUGUGGCCUCCGAAAAGCGUCGGGGUCCCGAUGGUGGAGUGGUUGAACUGUGUGGUUGCAGUGGCGAAUGCAAACGUGUGCAAAAAGUCAAUAGCGCGUUCCUAGUCGCGUCAUCAUUAUCAUUAGAGCUAUUAUAAUUAUUGCUGCUGUGGGAGGUUUUGUUUUUUAUUGUUCGACUUUCUAGUCUGGUUUAUUUGUGCGGGAUUUUUAUUUUGUGUGUGUAUUUUGGGUCUGAUAUGUGCACAUCCCGGGCCAUUUGUGUUAAUUUUGAAGAUGCGAUUUGAUUCCGGUGUCAAACCACUCUAGUCAGUUUACAGAUAGUCAUUUUUAAUCAGCGCAAAACGCACUUGCAAAGUCAUCUUUAUUCUAGUCUGCGAAAGCAUUUAUGUUCAGUUCUAGUCUCCGUACAUGCGUCUAGUCACCAUUUAUUUAAUGUAUACCGCUAAUACGCGGGUUUUGACAGGGAACCGAAUCGCAUCUUUGCACUGUCCAAAACCUUUAAAAUAAGUGAUUGUUUUUCGGUUCUGAAAAGAACGGAAAACAAAUUGACUUUAUAACAUUCAAAUAUACAGGAAAGUAGGGAUCGGCCCUAAAGUACCUUCUUCCAUCGCAGCUGUCACUUGCAUCCUCAUAGCUUUGAAAUCGUCAACAUAUUUUUGUAUAAAACCCUCGCCGUCAAACUGCACUGUAAACAAUUUAUGAAAUUCGCUGUGCUUAAAGCUUUAAGAGCAAGGGGAUGCAAUGACCGUAUCUUUGUACUGAAUACAGAGUUUCGCUAUGUUGCAUUAGAUCAAUUAUUGUGAGAGUAAAAAAUUGUGGACAUCGUUGAUCGAUUUUUUAAAAAUCUCUGGCUCACUGCUGUGCAUCUUAUUUCUGUAAUUUGUAUGUGAAAACAGAGCUAGAAAUAGCUGACAAAGUAUCCCAUUCCGAGCCAAAGUUGACUUGUAAUGACAUCUCGUAAGUGAGGAAUCAAUUAAAGUUCCUAAAUCAAAUAA